AUGACAGAGGGACGCGUGGGGAGUUCAGCGAACAACACUGACGAUAUUUCGGACAUAUCAGCAGUGGUGUUGGCUGGAAACUUCCCACUGGUUGUUAAGCACAUUCUCUCUUUUUUGCCCGCUAAACAGUUGAACACUGCUGCUAGGGUAUGUAAACAGUGGAGUCAGCUGGCAAAAGAGAUUCGAGAGUGUCGACGCAGCCUAGCCUGGUUUAUGGCAAUACCUGAUGAAGAAGAAGACAGCACAAGCUUAGCAGAUAAAAUCAAAAUAUUUUUGGAUGGAUUGUGGUCAGAGCCGCACACAGUGGUGGCUUUUAUGAGCUCUGCAUUGUACGAGGAACAGCUGGUAUUACCUAACCAGACAGGCCGUCGACAACACUGCAGCCGAGCCGCCAAGUGUGUUAAGGUGGAACUGGAGCAGUACAUCGAGGAAAAACUGCCCAGCCAGUGUAGCCUGUUUGGGUCAGCUGCAGACGGUGCGGUCGGUACAGAAUGGAGGAGUACAAGGAGUGUAGAAGUGGAAGGCGAGAAGGCGUUGACCAUGUUAUUGUUACCACACCUUCCUGGACUUGACAUCCUCUCCUUCACCAUGGACAUUUACUCCUCCGAGACAAACUGGCACAUGGCAAUAGACGAGCUAGAGUCGCGCGAUGUGGACAUCACCACGAUAAGUGGCAUUCCACCUGACAAAAACGUCAGGGCCGUCUUGUUUUUCUGUGAUGAACCGUUCUGCCCCCCAGAAAUUGGGCACAGCAUUCUGAAUAAGUAUAAGGAUGCAAUAGUGGCUGGUGGUUAUGUGGAUAACUUAGUGGUGAAACCUAAACCCAAAUCCUCAGACACUUCUUCCGAGGACAGUUUUCCAACUAUACUUUGUCUUGCAUUUUGUGGUGACAAUUUGCGAGUAUGGUCUGUGAUAAUUCGAGAGUCUGUGAGUAAUGCAGAGGAUGCUGAGAAACAGAUUCGGCAGCUGAAGACGUCAGAGGUGUCAGAAGAGAAGAGUUUCGCAUUCAUGUUUGCCUGUGUGGGAAGAGGUGAAGGCCUGUAUUUACAACGCAAUGUGGAAUCAGAUGCCUUCCAUAAAGUCUUCCCUAGAACUCCGUUAUUUGGCUUCUUCGGCAAUGGUGAGAUAGGGUUCAACUCUUUACCAGGGGCUGUCAGUUCAGGACAUAAGAGUAACAUUGAGAGCAAAGGGGAGAGAAUUCUUCCCAAACUUUACCACGCGUACACCACCAUCAUUUGCUUGUUUUCUGUUGUUUGAUAUGAAGAUUAUAAAAGGAGAUUGAUGUGAGGAAAGUCUGCAUCUUUCAGCUGAUGUUGAAUCAGGGGAGAAGUCCUUUCUAUCGUGUGGUGUGACUUAAGUUAACAGGAACUGUUACCCAGUGCUAUCACACCUCAAACAUAGAAUGUGACGUAUACUCUAAUGCUCAGACAGUACAUCUAAACAAGAAAAGCACCAUGGCUGGGGUUCAAUUCCUGCCUUGCUAACAUGGGUGGUGUAUAAAUGCCAACUCAGGCAUCUGUCAAGUGUAAACGCAGAGACAGCCUUCCUUUAAAUGUUGCCAUCCGGAAGCCUUGUGUUAAUAGCCUGAUGUUUCCGUUCCAACUGAAGUAGGCCACCUUUCCAGAUUGGACAGUCAAACUAUGUGCUGCGCAGGCUCUGUCCACUCUCUCCACACUGACUAGAAUGCAGCCCAUGACAAAGCUGAAAUGCUGUGCCAGACACUCUUGUUUGAUAUUGACAAACUAUAUUUGCUAUUACACUGCGAAGGGAAAAAACCCUUUGUGGCUUGAAUACUAUUAAAAUAUCAGUCAAGGCCCACUUAAAUUCUUUAAUCUCUCUUGAUUGUUAAGAGUUUAGUGUGAGUCACUGUUCAUUUACAGCUAGUUAAUUAAGGCAUGGUUGAUGCUUGGUCUCUAUUUAAAGCUGCGCUAACGCAUUGGGAAUCAUCCUAUACGAUAUGUGGAAAAUAGUGGGGAAAAUUUCUGUACGCUGCAGAUGAGAAACAUUGAUAUAGCUGCUGAAAACACUAACUAGCAACAGUGAAGGAUUCAGUUAUGCAUUUUACUUGGUACAUUCCAUUUUAGAUUAUGACUUAUUAAUGAUAGACUUAUUGACUAUGAAUCUUGUAAUGAUAUGCAUAUAGGUUUAUGUAGGACUUGCCAUAUCGCCUCAAACCAAAUAGUUCAACAAUUUUGUUCAUUUCUAGCUUGAUUAGAAACAACUUUCUAAUCUAAUGAAAUCAUGAACUAUGUGGAAACAUUUUUUUAGUCUACAAAUGAGAAUCAUUUGUGUCUGGUGGCCUAAUGUAAGAACAAGAGAGAUCCUGUUUUGAUUCUCCUGUAAAAAACAUUUUCCUUUUUCUGAAUUUUUUCACCAUGGCGAAACUAUUUGCUGUGUUUGAUCAAUGCAUGCUCUCAGCAGACAUGGCUUUAUGAGGUACAUACCUUUAUACUGUUAAUUUAGUGUAUUGUUUUUUUUUUAAUAUUAAAAGGAAGUGGAGGGUUCAGUUGGUCCUUAGCCCAAUAGUUUGGCUCUCCUUUCAUUUACAAUAAAGUGGAGCAUUUAUAAGUGUGAAACCAUUGGUAUAUCUUCAACCUGUUCAGACAUGUAGGUCUAUGCAUCAAGUAUCAUGUAUGUUAAUUUAAAAUGUCAGACUUAAUUAACCAGUUACUUAAGCUGUGGAGAGUUUGCAAACCUGUGUUAUUGUCAGAUGAAAAGGUGCAACAUACAGUGAGGAAUAAUUUCAAGAAAGGACUUCAUCUUUGUUAAGAGUGUAAUUUUUAAAAUCUGUAGGCCUGAAAUAUUGCUCAAAGUGUUUAAUAUGGCUUUAGAUGUAUUUUUGCAUAUAGGAAACAAGCGAAGGCCUUCUGAAUGAUGUAGACCCUUCCUCUGUUCCAUUUUGAUGUUCCUGGGAUGAAAAAUUCCCAUAGGCCUAUGGUGUUAAAUAAAUUAAUUAAAUAAAAUAAAUUGAACCUGUAACAUGUAGUUUUUUAACAUUGUUUUAGAAUAAAACUCUGUUGAAUUGUAACAUUUUAUUUGGUCUGUAAUCUCUCGUAAUUGAGUCCCCUGUGUUUUAAUGCAGACUGGACUUAUUCAAGGAGAUCUGAUUUAUCAAGUAACAAUAAUGAAUACUACCCAUGCAGUCAACUUACAGUAAGGUCUGUUUACAAUUUAUUAUUAGAUAAUUGCUUUAGAGGAUGCUUUGCUUGAUUAAUCAAUGCUUGGGCUUGUGUGCACUAAUUCUGAGUGAUUACACUUACAGGUACAUGUAUAUGACAGCCAUAAGCUUGGUAUUUGGCACCUUGUUAUUGUGU